ACUAACGGUAAUUGAUUUAACACGUGAACCCCUAGGGUCAUAAUAAUUUAAUCGGGCCUUUAUUUGAUACGCCCGCCUCCAACACCUGAACCGUCCAAUUAGGUGACCCGAGGGCGGGCACCUACCAAUGCGGGUUCAGUGCCUCCUAGGUAACUCUGUAAACAAGAUGGCGACCAUGUGCGUUCAGCACGAGUAGUGUUUAAUUAUUAACAAGGACGUUUACUAACAAGUCACUCCGGAAUAUGUUCAUGAACGGAAUUUAAACAGAUCAGAGAAUGGAGAAACCAAAAUCUCCACGGCCUUCAAUGUCAACGCGGGGCCGUGCAGGUAGCACGGUUGAGAUGAAGAACAAAUCUCGUUUGGCUGCCCUAGCACCUGGGGAAAAUCUGAAAGAAAAACAGCUGAAGUUGAAAGAGGAACGGGAGGCGAAGCGUUCCCACAUCGAUGAGCGACACACAUAUAUCCUCCAGACCGUGGCUGAUGGCCUGGGACUGGAAUACAAUGAGGUGGAGGACUGUGUCCUCGAGGGCAAUCAGCUGACAAUGAUGGACCAAUUCUUACAGCCCAAUGGAAUGUCACAACUUCUGUUCUACUACCAAGAACCAGAGGAAAAGGAGAGUGCGUCUGUUGGAUUUCAGUUACAUCAUGCCGCCCCAGAACCUAAAGGCCACGUGGACUACCGUGUAGGGCCGCCUCCUACCAAGGUUGCAAAGUCCUCCAAACCUAAGGUGUUCGUAACUAACGGCCGGGACAUCCCCCUCCGUGGUGUUUGUCUCAUCUUUACUAAGGUGGCUCCCCAUGGAACAGCCAUCACUGAGCAAAACAUCUCCAAGGAGAUCAACUUUACAAAGCUGGACACCGUAUCUGCGGGUAAGAAUGGCAGUGGCCUGCUCAAUGCUGUGGAGCAUCUCCUGUCAAGUAUCUUUAUUCCUGCCCUCAAAAAGCUAAACCAAGGCUGGGGUGAACUGAGCAGUCCCUCGGGGGCCCAGGUCAGGACGGACUUUCUCAAUGUGCUCGACUCCUUUGUGACAGUUCUGGUUGGUGCCCAGGAGAGUCUGGAACAGAAGGUGACUUUGAAUGAGUGUGAGACAUAUGACCUAUCAAAGAUCCAGACCCCAUCAGACUACCAGGCUGUGGCUAACAGCUCGGAUGCCCUGGAGGGCAUAGAAAACACGAUGAUGGUCUGGCUCAAACAGCUUGAACAGGUCCUGGCUGAGAGUGAACAAAUGAGAAAAGAGGCUGACGACAUUGGGCCUCGCGCUGAACUCGACCACUGGAAAAAGAGGAUGUCACGUUUCAACUACCUCCUGGAUCAGAUCAAAGGACCCAAUGUCAAGGCUGUCCUGGGUGUCCUUCACACCUCACAGUCCAAACUUAUCAAGAACUGGCAAGAGCUGGAUAGGAGGAUCACAGACCUGGCCAAUGAGGCGAAGGAUAACGUUAAGUUCCUGUACACACUGGAGAAAUUCUGUGACCCCCUCUACAACAGUGACCCUGUGGGUAUGUUAGAAGGAAUUCCGGGCCUGAUCAAUGCGAUCCGCAUGAUUCACUCCAUCUCCCGAUACUACAACACCUCCGAGAGGAUGACAUCACUUUUCGUCAAGAUAACCAAUCAGAUGAUUACAGCGUGUAAGGCGUAUAUCAACUGUAAUAAGACUGAGACCGUCUGGACACAAGAACAGGACGUUGUGGUCAAGAAGCUGCGGGACUGUAUCAGACUAAACGAGGAGUACCAGCGCUGCUUCCACAAGACCAAGGAAAAGCUGGAGAAGAUGCCGAAUGAGCGGCCAUUUGAGUUCUCCGAGAUGUACAUUUUUGGAAAGUUUGACACGUUCACAAGAAGGCUGAAGAAGAUUAUUGAAAUCUUUGACACAAUUUCUAUGUACUCCCAUCUGUCGGAGUCCAAGAUCGAAGGUAUAGAACAGAUGGCCAACAGGUUCACAGUUGUGGUGACGGCCAUGAAGAAGAAGCCCUAUGACUUCCUCGAUCAGAGGAAAACAGAGUUUGACAUGGACUAUGAUGAGUUCAAACGCCAGGUGGCAGAGCUCCAUUCAAACAUCAUGGGCUUCAUGGACGGCAAGUUUGAGAAGAUCAGCAGCACUGCUCGGUCUAUCGUCCAACUGAGGCGGUUCGAAAGACUGGAGCUGCCGAACCUCGGAAUUACGGAGAAGUACCAGAGGAUCCUAGGACAUUAUGGCCGUGACAUUGAGAUGGUAUCAAAGCUCUACCAGAAAAACAAAAACGACCCGCCUGUUGCCAGGGAUUUGCCCCCAAUAGCAGGUAAGAUUUCCUGGGCCCGUCAGCUGUAUCGCCGAAUCCUGGAGCCCAUGGAUGUGUUUCAGAAACAGACAAAUCUCCUGGAGAGUAACGAGGCCAAGAAAAUUAUCAAAAACUACAACAAGUUAGCCAAGGUGCUGCUGGAGUUUGAGGUCCUGUACCACCGCGGCUGGCUCAGACAGGUUGAGGUUGCUAGGUCAGGACUGCAGGCCUCACUACUGGUGCGUCAUCCAGAGACGACUGAACUGUACGUGAACUUUGAUCCCCAAAUCCUGACGAUGAUUCGUGAGACAGAGUGCAUGACCCGUCUGGGUCUAGAGAUUCCGUUGCUGGCCCGGACCAUGCGAACAAAACAGGCAGAGUUUAAGGAGAACUAUGAGGCUUUGCAGAUGAUGCUGCAGGAAAACCAGCGUGUGCGCAGCAAGAUCCCGACAGCCUUCGAGGCGCUGAUGGGGCCACACACAGGGAAAGUGGACUCUACUAUUGAUCCUGGCCUUAACACUCUUACCUGGACCUCUCUCAAUAUUAAGGACUAUAUUAGUGAGGUGUAUGCUGAUCUUCAGGCCCUUGAGCUACUCAUGGAUCGGGCACAUGAUGUGACAGAAUUCAGGAUUGAUGCCGUCCUCAAGGAGAUGGCAACCACCAACCUGUGUCAACUGCCAGAAGAAGAGCCCUGGACAGUCGACCACUUCCUUGACAACACACAGAUGCUGUGUGCCAAGGGGGCACAACUCUUGCAGACCAAGUCUAUGGUGGUGGAAGAGGCAGCCAGUGAACUCAUUAACAUGCUGUGUACUCUGGAAAUGGAGGAGGAAGAUGGUCAAGGGGAAGAGCAAGUCGGCCAGGAGGUAGACAUCGAAGAUGAGAGAGGAAGCCCUAGAGGAAGUCCCACAGCCUCUGCCCGGGAUCGCUCGGCGAGCAGACGGUCACGUCCUGUAUCAUCGAAGGCCAAUGCUGUGGCAAAAAAGAAGCGGGAAAUGAGAGAAAACAUCGAAGAGGCUGCCAAUGAGUUGUUGGCUCAUUUCAACCAUCGUAACCAAGACGCCUUGCUAAAGGUGACACGAAACACCCUGGAGUCACUCCGGAAGAGGAUCACAUCCUCCUCCAUGGUCCAUUAUUUAGGUGAAUCCAGUAGUGCCAAGGGAGACAAGAAAGACAGUCGGCCAUUUUACAAGACAUUCGCAACUUUGGCCAUUCCGAACAUUGUGAUGCAGCCAGCUCUGGACGAGGUCCAACAGGCGGUCAACAAGGCCGCACAAAAGAUCAUCCUUGUCUCUAAGGGUGUUGCCAAAUGGAGCGAUGAGCGGAAGCGUGUCACCAAGCCGCAGCAGGUCAGGUCAGGUUCGGCCAGUCGCCGUAACAGUGUGGUGAGUAACGCCCCAUCCGAGGGAUCACACGCUGGCAAGAAAAACGAGGAGGAAGUAAAAGCUGCACAGAGCUACGUCAUACAACAACAGGUCAAGAACUACUACAAGGCUGUGUCAGAAAACAAAGAAGUCUCGAAACUGGUCUCCCUUCUCUCCACCUCCAUCAACUCUAACAAAAAGGAGGUGAUAACAGCCCUUGACAAGUUUGCCGAGUACCACCCCAUCUGGGAGGUAGACCGUGAUGAAGACCUUGUGGAAUUCACUAAGGAGAAGCGUAAUCUAUCCGAGUACGAGUCCAAGAUUAAACACUAUGAGGAGCAGGAGGUGAAGAUUGCCAAUCUUCCUGAGUACUACGAUGUGGGGCCGAUAGCCCUGUAUACAGAGAACCUGAAGCUCGGUCUGAUCACUGAGACCAAGGCCUGGCGCCUACACUUCGGUAAGGCCUGUAACCACAAACACAUGACAGAGAUGGAGGAAAUCUUCAACUUCAUGGAAGACACCGUCAAGAAGCUGUCCCGGCCCCUCAAGGACCUGGAUGACAUUAGGUUUACCAUGGCUGCCCUCAAAGACAUCCGUGAGAACGAGAUUAGGAUUGACAUGAGCAUUGGCCCUAUAGAGGAGUCGUAUGCCAUGCUCAACAAACACGAUCUCCCAGUGAACAAAGAGGAGAUGGAACGGUGUGACACGCUACGAUAUUCCUGGGAAAAGCUCCAGGUCCUUCAGUCUGAGGUUCAGACUCAACUGCUUGUUGUACAGCCCGACUUCAAGACUGAGCUCAUCCAAAAUGUCAAAGAGUUCAAAGUGGACUGCGAUAACUAUUUUGAUGAUUAUGAUAAAAAUGGCCCCAUGGUUAGUGAGGUGGCCCCACGUGAGGCCUCCGACAGGCUAGUGAUAUUCCAGAACACCUUCGAAGUCCUGUAUAAAAAGUUUGUCACUUACACUGGAGGCGAAGGCCUGUUUGGACUACCAGUCACCGACUCCCCACAGCUUCUCAAGAUCAAGAAAGAGCUUAACCUUCUGCAGAAGCUGUAUGGCCUCUAUAACAACGUACUGGAGACUGUCCACGGUUACUACGACAUUCUCUGGACCGACAUUAACAUUGAAAAGAUCAACAAUGAACUGAUUGAGUUCCAGAACAAAUGCCGCAAGCUGCCAAGAGCUCUCAAGGACUGGCCAGCCUUCGCGGAUCUGAAGAAGACCAUUGAUGACUUCAACGAGAUGGUGCCUCUGCUAGAGCUUAUGACCAAUAAGGCUAUGAAGCCACGCCAUUGGCAACGUAUGUCUGACGUCACUGGGCACGUGUUCGACGUAGAGGGAGAUAACUUCAUGCUCAAGAACAUCCUGGAGGCUCCUCUCUUGCAGUUUAAGGAAGAAAUUGAGGAUAUCUGUAUCUCAGCUGUGAAAGAGAAGGACAUCGAGGCUAAACUCAAACAGGUCAUCAACGACUGGAACAACCAGGAAUUCACUUUUGGCCAGUUUAAGACGAGAGGAGAGCUCCUACUGCGUGGUGAUACGACAGGCGAGGUUGUCUCCCUUAUGGAGGACUCUCUGAUGGUUCUCAGUUCCCUGAUGAGUAACAGGUACAAUGUGCCGUUUAAGAAGCAGAUUCAGCUGUGGGUACAGAACCUGACGAACUCGUCCGAAAUCAUUGAGAACUGGAUGACGGUACAGAACCUGUGGGUAUACUUGGAGGCUGUGUUUGUGGGUGGUGACAUCGCCAAACAGCUGCCAAAGGAAGCUAAGAGGUUCAGCAACAUUGACAAGUCCUGGAUCAAGAUAAUGACUCGUGCCCACGAGACACCCAACGUAGUCCAGUGCUGUGUCGGGGACGAAACUCUCAUACAGCUCCUUCCUCAUCUGCUGGAACAGCUUGAGCUCUGUCAGAAAUCUCUUACUGGAUACCUUGAGAAGAAGCGACUGUUGUUCCCGCGUUUCUUCUUCGUGUCGGACCCCGCCCUGCUGGAGAUCCUCGGACAGGCUAGUGACCCCCACACCAUCCAGGCUCACCUCCUAUCUGUAUUUGAUAACAUCAAGAACGUGAAAUUCCACGAGAAGUUCUACGACAUCAUUCUUUCCAUCUUUUCCUCGGAGGGAGAAACCAUUGAUCUGGAGAAGCAUGUUAAAGCGGAAGGAAAUGUUGAGGUCUGGCUCAUGGCAUUGAUGAUGAUGGCCCAGAAGUCGCUCCACGGUGUCAUCAGAACCGCUGCCAUCGCUAUCCAGGACAACAACUUCCAGCUCCUGGAGUUCCUGGACAUGUUCCCUGCACAGGUCGGACUUCUAGGACUUCAGAUGAUUUGGACUCGAGACUGCACAGACGCGCUGACCCAUGCACGUUACGAUCGUAAAAUUAUGCAGCAGACAAACCAAGCAUUCCUGGAGCUCCUGAACACUCUCAUUGAUCAGACAACUCAUGACCUGGCCAAGGUGGAGAGGACCAAGUUCGAAACUCUCAUCACCAUCCACGUCCAUCAAAAGGACAUCUUUGAUGACUUGGUGCGUAUGCACAUCAAGAGCCCGACUGACUUUGAGUGGUUGAAACAGUCCCGGUUUUACUUCAUCGAGGACCAGGAUCGUACUCUCAUCUCCAUUACAGAUGUAGAUUUUAUCUACCAAAACGAGUUCCUGGGUUGUACGGAGCGUCUUGUCAUCACCCCCCUCACUGACAGGUGCUACAUCACCCUUGCCCAGGCUCUUGGAAUGUCCAUGGGUGGAGCUCCAGCUGGACCCGCUGGAACAGGCAAGACCGAAACUGUCAAGGAUAUGGGACGUUGUCUAGGCAAAUAUGUUGUUGUCUUCAACUGUUCUGAUCAGAUGGACUUCAGAGGUCUGGGUCGUAUCUACAAAGGUUUGGCUCAGUCAGGAUCUUGGGGAUGUUUUGACGAGUUUAAUCGUAUUGAACUUCCCGUACUGUCUGUUGCUGCUCAACAGAUUGCCAUUGUACUCACGGCAAAGAAGGAACGAAAGAAGAACUUCAUCUUCACUGACGGAGACAAUGUAUCUUUGAACAUGGAAUUCGGCAUCUUCUUGACAAUGAACCCUGGUUACGCUGGACGACAAGAGCUGCCAGAGAACCUGAAGAUUAACUUCCGUACCGUAGCCAUGAUGGUUCCGGACCGUCAGAUCAUCAUCCGUGUGAAGCUUGCCAGUGUGGGUUUCAUUGAAAACAUUGUGUUAGCUCGUAAAUUCUUCACCUUGUACAAACUCUGUGAGGAACAGCUUACCAAACAGGUACACUAUGACUUUGGUCUGAGAAAUAUUCUAUCUUGUCUGAGAACCCUGGGAACUGUGAAACGUGCGAACCCUAACGAUCCAGAAUCUACCUGUGUGAUGCGUGUGCUUCGGGACAUGAAUCUAUCCAAAUUGGUAGAUCAGGAUGAGCCUCUGUUCUUGUCCCUGAUAGACGAUCUGUUCCCAGGUGUCACACUGGACAAGGGAGGCUACCCAGAGUUGGAGGGUGCUAUUGAUAGGCAAAUAGAAGACGCCAAGCUCGUUAAACAUCCAUCGUGGAGACUGAAACUCAUCCAGCUAUUUGAGACCCAGCGUGUGCGUCACGGGAUGAUGACCCUGGGACCCAGUGGGACAGGCAAGACCUGUUGUAUUCACACCCUGAUGAAGGCCAUGUCCGAGUGUGGGGAACCCCACAAAGAGAUGAGGAUGAACCCCAAGGCCAUCACUGCUCCCCAGAUGUUCGGGCGUCUGGAUGUGGCGACCAACGAUUGGACAGACGGCAUUUUCUCCACUCUCUGGAGACGUACCCUCAGGACCAAAAAAGGUGAUCAUGUAUGGCUUGUUCUGGAUGGUCCCGUUGACGCCAUCUGGAUUGAGAACUUGAACUCUGUACUGGAUGACAACAAGACCUUGACUUUGGCCAACGGUGAUCGUAUCCAGAUGUCACCAACCUGCAAGAUCAUUUUUGAACCCCACAACAUUGACAAUGCAUCGCCCGCGACUGUCUCCAGAAACGGCAUGGUGUUCAUGAGUAGCUCGGGUCUGGACUGGAGCCCUAUCCUACAGGGCUGGCUAAACAACCGCUCUCUGGCCGAGCAGGGCAUCAUCAUGAACCUGUUUGAAUGUAGCUUUAAGGAUAUCUACCAGUACAGUGUACAGAACUUUGAGUUCAAGAUGGAGGUACUCGAGGCCUUCGUCAUCACGCAGGCAACCAAGAUCUUGACCGGUCUGAUCCCAGUAAAGGAUGACAAGGAUAGUAGCCAGAUAAGUGGUAUCCAUUACGAGCGUCUGUAUGUGUUUACUCUCAUGUGGAGCAUAGGCGCCUUCCUUGAGUUGGAUGAUCGUGCCAAGUUUGAGGAGUAUAUACGCUCCAAUGAUGAGAUCAAGCUUGAUCUCCCUGCCAUUAAACACGAUGGCGACGAGUCCAUGUUUGACUUCUUUGUCAGUAAUGAAGGCAAAUGGGAACACUGGGAGAAAAAGGUACAACUAUAUGACUACCCAACUGACUCAACGCCCGAGUACAGUAGUAUCCUCGUCCCCAACGUAGACAACGUCCGAUCUGAGUACCUCAUCAGUAUCAUCGCAAAACAGAACAAGGCUGUGCUCCUCAUCGGCGAGCAGGGUACCGCCAAGACGGUCAUGAUCAACGGCUUCAUGAGCCAUUACAAUUCGGAGUACCAUCUAGCUCAGUCGCUCAACUUCUCCUCCGCCACAACGCCCUAUAUGUUCCAGCGAACCAUUGAAAGCUACGUUGAGAAGAGGGUCGGUUCCACCUAUGGCCCCACAGCUGGAAAGAAGAUGACAGUCUUCAUUGAUGAUAUCAACAUGCCCACUAUCAAUGAAUGGGGAGACCAGGUCGGAAAUGAGAUUGUCCGGCAACUCUUUGAGAUGAAGGGAUUCUACAACCUUGAGAAACCUGGUGACUUUACCAAUAUUGUGGAUGUACAGUUCAUGGCUGCUAUGAUCCAACCCGGAGGAGGCCGGAAUGACAUUCCUCAGCGUCUCAAGCGACAGUUUGUCAUCAUUAACUGUACCUUGCCCUCCAACUCGUCCAUCGACAAGAUCUUCAGCGUGAUUGGAUGUGGCCAUUACGUCUCAGAGCGAGGCUUCAGUGAACCCGUCCGUGACCUUGUGAAGAAACUGGUUCCCAUCACUCGUCGCUUGUGGCAGCUCACAAAGAUCAAGAUGUUGCCGACACCAGCAAAGUUCCAUUACAUCUUCAACUUGAGAGAUUUGUCCCGAAUCUGGCAGGGGAUGAUCAAUACUACUGAACAGGUGGUCAAGGCUCCGGAGACCAUCCUUCACCUCUGGAAACACGAGUGCUGCCGUGUCAUUGCAGACAGGUUUGUCCUUAUGGAUGACUAUCAUUGGUUUGAAAAAACAAUACAGCGAAUCAUCGGUGAGGAUCUCGGUGAAGAGUAUCUAGAAACUACGAAAACAACGCCGUACUUCAUGGAUUUUAUGAGAGAUGCGGCUGAAGCUACAGGAGACGAACCUGAGGAUGCUGACUUUGAGGCCCCCAAGGUUUACGAAGCGAUCGAAGGUUUUGAGCAGCUUGAGGAACGGCUCCAGAUGUUCUUGGCUCAGUACAAUGAAGGUAUUCGUGGCUCAGGGAUGGACUUAGUGUUCUUCAAGGAUGCCAUGACCCACUUGGUGAAAGUUUCGCGUAUCAUCCGUACGCCACGAGGUCAUGCACUGCUGGUGGGUGUAGGCGGCUCUGGGAAACAGUCCCUCACCAGGCUGGCCUCUUUCAUUGCUGGCUACAAGACAUUCCAGAUCACCCUCACAAGGUCAUAUAAUGUGUCCAACUUACUGGAAGACCUCAAGUUCCUGUACCGCACCGCAGGGGCCCAGGGAAAAGGUAUCACAUUCAUCUUCACUGAUCAGGAGAUUAAGGACGAGGGCUUCCUGGAGUAUCUCAACAAUGUCCUAUCAUCUGGUGUGGUAGCCAACCUUUUCGCCCGUGAUGAAAUGGAUGAGAUCAUGGGAGAACUGAUCCCCAUUAUGAAGAAGGAGUUCCCACGACGACCACCUAGCAACGAGAACCUGUAUGAUUACUAUUUGAUGCGUGUUCGCAUGAACCUGCACGUUGUGCUCUGUUUCUCCCCGGUCGGAGAAAAGUUCCGAGCACGCUCGCUGAAGUUCCCUGGUCUGAUAUCUGGCUGUACGAUGGACUGGUUCCAGCGCUGGCCAAGGGAUGCUCUUAUCUCUGUGGCUGAUCACUUCUUGGCAGAGUUCAAUAUUGAGUGUACGCUGGAGGUGAAGAAACAGGUCAUUCAGAGUAUGGGUAUUAUACAUGAUGGAGUGGCUGAAACCUGUGCCAAUUACUUCCAGAGGUAUCGACGCUCCACUCAUGUGACCCCCAAAUCUUACCUGUCCUUCAUCAAUGGUUACAAGACUAUUUACUCAGAUCAGCGGAAUGAAAUUGGGGAGCUGGCCAACAGGAUGAACACAGGUCUGGAGAAACUGAUUGAGGCCUCACAACAGGUCGCUCAGCUAAGUGAGGAGCUAGCCGUCAAGGAGAAGGAACUGGCCAUCGCCUCAGAUAAAGCUGAUAAGGUGUUGGCUACAGUAACAGUCAAGGCCACGGCUGCUGAGAAGGUCAAGGCCCAGGUGAAGAAGGUCAAAGACAAAGCACAGGCUAUUGUGGAUGCCAUCGAGGCAGACAAGGCCAUUGCUGAAGAGAAAUUGGAGAAGGCUCGGCCUGCCCUUGAGGAAGCUGAGGCUGCCCUCAACACUAUCAAACCUGCAGAUAUUGCCACUGUGAGGAAGCUUGGCAAACCCCCACAUCUCAUUAUGAGAAUCAUGGACUGUGUGCUUCUCCUCUUCCAAAAACGUAUCAACACAGUUGAGGUGGAUCCAGAGAGGCCAAAUUGUAAUAAACCUUCCUGGGGUGAAUCACUUAAGUUGAUGUCGGGUACUAACUUCCUCAUGACGCUUGUCAACUUUGAUAAAGAUAAGAUAAACGACGAGGUUGUUGAGUUGAUGCAGCCAUACCUAUCGAUGGAAGAUUACAAUUAUGAGACGGCCAAGCGAGUCUGUGGUAACGUGGCCGGUCUCUGCUCCUGGACGUUUGCUAUGGCCUCCUUUUUCUCCAUCAACAAAGAGGUUCUUCCUCUUAAGGCAAACCUGGCAAUCCAGGAAGCCAAGUUGAAUGCUGCCAUGUCAGACCUGAACACUGCACAGGCACAGCUGGACGAGAAAGAGGCUGAGCUCGCCGAGGUCAUGGCCAUGUAUGAUGCAGCUAUGAAGGAGAAACAGAGAUUGGUGGACGAUGCGGAGACGUGUCGUAGAAAGAUGAAUGCUGCCACUGAACUGAUCAAUGGUCUGGCUGGUGAGAGGAAGAGAUGGACAGAACAGAGUCUGGAGUUCAAGGCACAGAUUGGCAGACUGGUCGGUGACGUCCUUGUCUGUACUGCCUUCCUGUCUUACUCUGGACCAUUCAACCAAGACUACCGCCUGCUCCUCAGCAAAAACUGGUUCAAAGAACUCAAGACAAGGAAAAUUCCAUUUACACUUAACCUCAAUGUCAUAGACAUGCUCACAGACCCAACCACGGUUGGAGAAUGGAAUUUACAAGGUCUGCCAAAUGAUGAACUCUCCACACAGAACGGUAUCAUCGUUACAAAGGCAGCACGCUACCCUCUGCUCAUAGAUCCUCAGGGCCAGGGAAAGAACUGGAUCAAGUCUCGCGAGGGCAAGAACGAGCUACAGAUCACUGCACUCAACCACAAGUACUUCCGUACCCAUCUUGAAGACUCCAUGUCAUUGGGACGUCCUCUUCUGAUUGAGGACAUUGGAGAGGACCUUGACCCUGCCCUGGACAAUGUCCUUGAGAAGAACUUCAUCAAGGUUGGGUCAACACUGAAGGUGAAGGUUGGCGACAAGGAGUGUGACAUCAUGAAGGGCUUCGCUUUGUACCUGACAACAAAGCUUGGUAACCCGUCUUACACACCAGAGGUCUCUGCUCGUUCAUCAAUCAUUGACUUUACUGUGACAAUGAAGGGACUGGAAGACCAGUUGCUUGGACGCGUCAUCCUCACAGAGAAGGCUGAACUGGAAUCUGAGCGAGUGAAGCUGAUGGAGGAUGUACAAUCCAACAAGAAAAAGAUGAAGGAACUGGAAGAUAACCUUCUCUACAGACUCACCAGUGUUAAGGGAUCCCUAGUGGAUGAUGAGGAUUUGAUCAAUGUGCUGAAUGUGACCAAGACGACCUCCGUUGAUGUCAACUCUAAGCUUCAAACAGCAGCUGAAACUGAGAUCAAGAUCACUGCAGCUCGUGAGGAGUUCCGUCCGGUAGCAGCACGUGGCUCCAUCCUGUACUUCUUGAUCGUGGAGAUGGGACUGGUCAACUGUAUGUACCAGACGUCCCUCAAACAGUUCCUGCAUCUGUUUGACCUGUCCAUGGCAAAGUCCCAGAAAUCUCCCAUCACCCAAAAGCGUAUCACCAACAUCAUUGAGUACAUGACAUUUGAGGUGUUUAAGUAUGCCUCCCGUGGCCUGUACGAGACAGACAAGAACACUUUCACCCUUCUGCUCGCUCUCAAGAUUGAUCUGGCUGCCGGCAAAAUCAAGCACGAGGAAUUCCUCACCCUUAUCAAAGGUGGUGCCUCCCUUGACCUGAACGUGGUCCAGCCAAAGCCACACAAGUGGGUGGUAGACUUAACCUGGCUUAACUUGGUUGAGCUGAGUAACCUGCAUCAGUUCUCCGGUAUCCUGGAACAGGUGACCAGAAAUGAGAAACAAUGGCGCCACUGGUUCGACAAGGAUGCUCCUGAGGAAGAGAUAAUCCCCGACGGUUAUAACAAUACCCUCGAUGUGUUCCGUCGUCUGUUGCUUGUGCGGUCGUGGUGCCCAGAUCGUACCAUGGCUCAGGCACGAAAGUACAUUGCAGAUACACUUGGUGAUAAGUACGCCGAGGGCGUUAUCCUUGACCUUGAGAAAAUGUGGAUGGAAAGCAAUUGUAGGUCACCUCUCGUGUGCUUGCUAUCCAUGGGUUCUGACCCCACCACCCUCAUAGAGGCCCUCGCAAAGAAACACAAAAUAGAGUGCCGUGCCAUCUCUAUGGGCCAGGGACAGGAAAUCCACGCCCGCCGUAUGUUGACCCAGGGGGUCCAGGGCGGGGGCUGGCUGAUGCUUCAGAACUGUCAUCUCAGUCUGGAUUAUGUACAGGAAGUCCUGGACCAGCUUAUUGAGAUUGAGAGCAUUCAUGAAGAGUUCAGAGUGUGGGUGACAACAGAGGUCCACCCUAAAUUUCCCAUCAAUUUCCUCCAGAUGUCUAUCAAAUUCACCAAUGAGCCUCCACAGGGUAUGAAGGCCGGUCUGAAGCGUUCGUACGCAGGCAUGACGCAGGAUUUCUUAGACAUUUCCAAUAUGCCACAGUGGAAACCCAUGCUGUAUGGAGUUUCCUUCCUCCACUCUGUUCUACAAGAGCGCAGAAAGUUUGGACCCCUUGGCUGGAACAUUCCGUACGAGUUCAAUGCAGCCGAUUACAACGCUAGUGUUCAGUUUGUACAGAAUCAUCUUGAUGACAUGGAUUUGAAGAAGGGAGUGAAUUGGACGUGUGUGCGUUACAUGUUUGGAGAGAUUCAGUACGGAGGUCGUGUGACUGAUGAUUAUGACAAACGUCUACUCAACACAUUCUGCAAGGUCUGGUUCGGCGAACAGAUGUUCCAGUCCAACUUUGUGUUUUACAAGGGAUAUGUAAUCCCGAAAUGCAACAAACAUGCCGAGUACCUGGAGUUCAUCUCUGGGCUCGCAACAACGGACACACCAGAGGUGUUUGGUCUUCAUGGCAACGCUGAUAUCACGUACCAGAGUCAGACUGCCAAGUCUGUCCUCGAUACAAUCCUCGAGAUCCAGCCCAAGGAUAGUAGUGGUGGCGGCGGUGAGACGCGUGAAUCAGUUGUCUACCGUCUCAGUGAUGACAUGUUGGACAAACUUCCCAAUGACUAUAUAUCUUAUGAGGUAAAGGCCCGCCUCCAGAAGAUGGGUCCCUUCCAGCCGAUGAACAUCUUCCUCAGGCAGGAAAUAGACCGCAUGCAGAGGGUCAUUGCUACAGUACGCAUGACCCUUCAUGACCUUAAACUGGCUAUCGACGGUACCAUCAUUAUGAGUGAGAAUCUACGAGAUGCCCUCGACUCCAUGUACGAUGCUAGGAUACCCAAGCUAUGGCAGAAGAUUUCCUGGGACUCAAGCACCCUUGGGUUCUGGUUUACAGAGCUGAUUGACAGGAACACUCAGUUCAGCAGCUGGUGUUUUGAUGGUAGACCUAACACGUUCUGGAUGACAGGCUUCUUCAAUGCUCAGGGAUUCCUUACUGCUAUGAGACAGGAAGUGACACGUGCUCACAAAGGCUGGGCUCUGGAUAGUGUCAUCCUUCACAACGAUGUGACCAGAUAUAGCCGUGACGACAUCACCACCCCACCUUCAGAAGGUGUUUAUGUCUACGGCCUGUUUCUAGAGGGCGCCGGCUGGGAGCGACGAGGCUGUCGCUUGAUUGAACCCAAACCCAAAAUAUUGUUUGAGACGAUGCCGGUAAUCCACAUCUACGCCAUCAACAGUACUGGAAGCACUGACACGCGCAUGUAUUCCUGUCCGAUUUACAAGAAACCCCGCAGGACCGACCUCACAUACAUUGCUGCUGUAAACCUGAAGACCAAUCAGAUCCCAGAUCACUGGAUCCUCCGCGGAGUUGCUCUGCUCUGUGAUACAAAGUAGACCGAGCCCACAGACACAAAUUAAUAACUAUACAAAUUUACAGCAAAAUAAGACGUCUACAAGGCGAACGCUAUUGGAUUAACAUUCCGAACAAACAUGUGACAAGAUUCUGUGAUAAUGAACAUUAUAUAUACAGGACAUUGUCUCUAGUGAUAGUCAAAUAUCUGUUUCUUAUAGUUCCAGAUAAUUAGGUUAAAUUAACUCGGAAGGGAAGGCCUAUGACUAUAAACCAAAGAAUGUAUAUAGAUAUGACUUGCUAGCUGGUUUUGAUACUUUAUAUAUCCAUCCUGGUGUCAGUGUCCGUCCUAUUAAUUGUGAUAAAAUGUUUAUGCCUUUAGUAUGAGUAGAUCAGAAUUGCGUCCAACUGAAGCCUUUGUGUAAUAAUUAUUAGAUAUUUAUGUAUUUUUUUAUCUUGUCUUUUCAUUAACUACCAUAAAUGCAUUAGAUACAUCCGUCCCGUCCCCCAUGUGAUACAGUAUCAAAUGGCUAUUUCUUGCAGUUAUUUAACUCAUUCACCCCUGAAAUUUCAUAAUGGACUAUUCCAACCUUUGCAUUGGAAGAGUUCAAAUGUGUCUUCAGGGGUGAAUGAUUUAAUAUAUUAUUAUAUAGUCAAAGUUAUCAAUGACAUUUAACUGAUAUUAUAUAUAUAUGAUGAAAUUUUGAACACUUCAAACACUAGAUUACAGAGAGUGCCCUGUUUGGAAUUCCUAAAACUUUUCAAUUUACUUUUACAUUUGAUUAAGAGUCGUUAGUUUAAUGAGUCAUUAUCAUAUAUUCCGUCCUGUUAUAUAGAAACUAACCUGAAUAAACUAGGUAUUUGUAGUAUGCAUAUAUUUUUAUUCCAAAAGUGACCAGCCUCUAUGAUUAUCAUUACUAGGUACUGUGCUCUAUGAUUACUAUGAUUAUCAUUACUAGGUACAGCUCUGUAACACUGAACUAUCAAGACUACAUAUAUAUACAUCUGGGGAAAACUGAUCAGUUCUAGAUUCUGAGUUUAUUGGAGUUUUCGGAAAGAUACUCUAAUGAAUAGUAAAUACUGCUGAAAUACUUCUUUGCGUUAUUUAUGCUAAAAUAUACAAUUCUAACUACUAGGAGCUUUUCCAUUACAAAUUAAAAGCUACUUUAAAUGUUGUUCUUUGAUCUAUUAAUGUAAUUUUCAAAGAACAGGGAAGGUUAGUGUCUGUGAUAUAUACAAAUGUGAUGGCCUCAGAUUUCUCUCCAGACUGUACGAGUUAUCUCCCUUUGACCAAAGUUUCCCCUCUGUGUAGUCUAUCUCUAUGUUUAUCAAUAAUAAUUAUUUCUCAAUGUUCCAUGUUAUUUAUAUACAAAUGCCAUUUUUUGGUAUCUUGGCUAUAGUUGUUUAAAAUUUGUUAGAAAAUAAAAAAUAUUCCAUCAAGUGAAAA